UUCGAAUGGGCUGAGAUGAUAUUAAGGUAUUUAAAAGAGGCAUGGUGACAAGUGGAGAAUCACAAAGACCUGCCACUUGCUGCUAUGAAGGAAAUCAUGGCACAGAAAGAGAAGCUCCAAUGCUUGAAGGAUUUCCACAAGGACACUCUCAAGCCCUCGCCAGGCAAGAGCCCAGGAACCCGUCCGGAAGACGAGGCAGAGGGCAAACCACCCCAGCGCGAGAAGUGGGCGAGCAAGCUCGACUUUGUCCUGUCCGUAGCGGGCGGCUUUGUCGGUUUAGGGAACGUCUGGCGGUUUCCCUACCUCUGCUAUAAAAAUGGCGGAGGUGCAUUUCUCAUCCCGUAUUUCAUUUUCCUGUUUGGUGGAGGCUUGCCCGUGUUUUUCCUGGAGGUGGCUCUGGGUCAGUUCACUUCUGAAGGCGGAAUCACCUGCUGGGAAAAGCUCUGCCCAAUCUUUACUGGUAUUGGCUAUGCUUCAAUUGUGAUCGUCUCCUUGCUCAACGUGUACUACAUCGUGAUCCUAGCCUGGGGCCUGUACUACCUGUUUCAGUGCUUCCAGCCUGAGCUGCCCUGGGCCAGGUGCAAUCAACCCUGGAACACCCCCAGCUGCGUGGAGGACACACUCCGAAAGAACAAGACCCUCUGGUUGUCGUUGAACACUACCAACUUCACCUCUCCUGUUACAGAAUUCUGGGAACGGAAUGUUCUGAGCAUCUCCAGUAGUAUUGAUGAGGUGGGCGUUCUCAAGUGGGAUCUUGCUCUCUGCCUUUUGGCCGUCUGGGUUAUUUGCUUCUUCUGUAUCUGGAAAGGAGUGAAGUCGACUGGGAAAGUUGUGUACAUCACAGCAACAUUCCCUUUCGUCAUGUUGAUUGUGUUGCUGGUUCGUGGGGUCACCCUGCCAGGUGCCGCCGAAGGAAUCAAGUUUUAUCUUUAUCCAGAUCUCAGCCGCCUGGCAGACCCAGAGGUGUGGAUAGAUGCGGGGACUCAAAUUUUCUUCUCAUAUGCAAUCUGCCUGGGAGCAAUGACUUCACUGGGGAGCUACAACAAAUACAAAUACAACUGCUACAGGGACUGUUUGCUGCUGGGAGGCCUGAACAGCGGUACCAGUUUUGUGUCUGGCUUCGCAAUAUUUUCCGUCCUGGGCUUCAUGGCACAAGAGCAAGGGGUGGACAUUGCCGAUGUGGCAGAGUCAGGUCCUGGCUUGGCCUUCAUUGCCUACCCUAAAGCUGUUUCUAUGAUGCCACUACCCACAUUCUGGGCCAUUCUCUUCUUCAUCAUGCUUCUGCUCUUGGGCCUCGACAGCCAGUUUGUCGAAGUGGAGGGACAGAUCACAUCGUUGGUUGAUCUGUAUCCAUCCUUCCUAAGGAAGGGUUACCGGCGGGAAAUCUUUAUAGCUAUAGUGUGUUUCUUGAGCUAUCUUCUGGGACUUACCAUGGUUACUGAAGGUGGCAUGUAUGUGUUUCAACUCUUUGACUACUAUGCAGCCAGUGGUGUGUGCCUUUUGUGGGUUGCAUUCUUUGAAUGUAUUGCUGUAGCCUGGGUUUAUGGCGUUGAUAAUUUCUAUGAUGCGAUUGAAGACAUGAUUGGCUACAGACCAAAUCCCUGGAUGAAAUGGAGCUGGACUGUAAUCACCCCUGUACUUUGUGUGGGUUGCUUUAUCUUUUCCUUGGCCAAAUAUACUCCUUUGAAGUACAACAAGGUCUAUGAGUACCCUGAUUGGUCAAUAGGUCUUGGCUGGUCUUUGGCUCUUGCUUCCAUGAUCUGCAUCCCUAUGGUAGUUGUCAUCAAGAUCAUUCAGUCUGAUGGGCCCCUUAUAGAGCGGAUUAAGGCAGUGGCGGCUCCUGCUCGAGGAGGCGCGAGUUCCCGCCCUGCUGAUCUCCGGCCGAAGGGCAGCGAGCUGGGCUAUCCCCUGGAUCCAAAUGGGAACAACGGCCUGAUAAAGCCCACCCACACCAUUGUAGAAACGAUGAUGUGAGCGCUCUCUGUGAGAGGAAUAAUGACCUGCUUUCCAUGUUAUACUUGUUAACUUUUAAUAGUCGUAGGACCAGGUUUACAUUGCUAUGUAUCUGCACUAGGAUUUCCUUUUUUUUUUCUACAGAGGAAGUUACAUAUUGUUUUCUGUUGGUGUUUUUACUGUUUUUUAUUAUAAUAUUAUUGCUGUAGGUAGAAGCAUUGAUCUCAUACAUAUGAGGCAGUAUUUGCAAAAUGGGACUUUAUCGUUCUAUUUUAUACCUCCUUUCUGUAGCUAGUGGAAUAAGUGGUCUGCUUUGGGGAGGGGGAAUGGGCCACAAUAUUAAACUAAAAAAAGUGUAUCGUGUUUGAAAGUAACAUUUCAAUAUGUCAGUGUGUAAAGAAUAUAAGCUCUCCCCCGCCCCACCCAAAUUUUUAUGUUAGUGUGGAAAGUAUCCUUGUAUGGUAAGGUUUUAUUUUGUUGUUGAUGUUUGUGAAAUACAACUGAAUGUAACUCAGCCAGCAACAUCAGCAGCCAAACACCACAUGUCACUGAGAAACCACUACCAGUUCAUGGUUGGAUUCCAUGCAGGGUUCAUUGUGCCUCAGCCAUCUUCAUUGAAGGGGGGCUGGCAUGGAGGAUUUUGGGGCUAACACUAACUUUACAUCCUAGUGCAUUAGUGUUUUAUUUAACUUGCACUUUAUGAGUUACCCUGUAACUGCUUUAGGCAUCUAAAGUAGUUCCUAUUCUACUGCUGGCCUCAUGGUCUAACAGCCAGGUGUACAACACAUGGAACAUUUGGCUAGUGGGAAAACACUCACUUCAGUUUAACACCUAAUGAAGGAUACGCCCUUCUUAGAAGGACAAAAGGGCACAAUGUACCAUGAAUACAUUCACAUUAACAAGCUCACCACUUUCAAAAUGCUUUUAUAAUUUUUUUUUAAAAGUGCAUUUUGUAAACUGCUGCAAUAAUUUGGAUUCCCCCAUUCUAUUUCGCCAUCCACUUUUUAUAACCGAAUUUGAAGAAGACUCAAUAUUUUAUUUUUAAAAAAUGCACAAAAACCUCAAUCAAAGGUAAAUGCACAAAAAAGGCUUUAGUCAAUGUGAUCAAUUAUCAAAUUACAAUAAAUGUAUCAUUUAAACCAGAUAAGUUAAUGAAAGCAGAGGUCGUUUCUUGUAAACUACACCCCAGUUCAGAUUUUUCACUUUUACAUGUUUGUUAAUUUUUUAAUCACAUUUGCCUUUUUGUAUUAGAACUUUAUACUGUACAUGUGCAGCACUCUGCAACUGAUUACAAAUCUUUCUGGAGACAGAAUAAUCAAUUUAUAUUUAAACGUUUAAUCAGCAUAAGCUUACAUGCAAUUUAAAUGUGCAAUAGAAAUAUAGCUUCUUAUUUGUUUUUCUAACGGUCGGUACUUUAUAUGUUCAAACACUGAGACUGAAGACAAUGAAAAGUUAAAACUGUAAUGUGAUGGCAAAGCAUAUAUGCAGAGCCAUUAAUUUUACAAGGAUGCUGUUAUUACAAAUUUGGCAAUUGCCUGUUCAGUUCUAGUUUUGUUAAACAGAACCCAAACUGAAAAUAGAAACCCAAAAUAUAUCUUGGAGAGAUAUUACCCAAAAGCAAUUAGUCUUAUGCGUUUCCCCAAAGAGAUGAGCAUCAACCUAUAACAGACAUCCAGCUGAUAUCAGACACUGAGGCACCUUGAGCCAGAUGAGAAAUCUUGAUGUGAAGAAAGGUUUUUUUUUUUUUACACCUUAUGUACCAACCUUGUUUUUUUUUUUUACAAAUGUAAAAGGGGAAGAUGUUUUGAAUUCACAAAACAAGUUUUUUAAACUAUUGAACAUUUUUGUUUUUGUUUUUUAAAACUAACCUGUAAGCUAAAGAAAAAAAAGUGUUAAAACGGGUUUUACAAAAUCUAAAACUUUAUAAUUUCUAAUAAACAUUUGUAUUUGAAAAAGCCUUCAUUUUUCCAUGUUCAGUAGCUAACCCACACAGAAUACAGAACAGCCCACGAGAGCCGUAAUCACUGAACAAUCACAAUGAUAACGUUGGGCUGGCUUCACACAGAUUUUUGACAGAAAGUCUGUUUACCAGUGGUUUAUUUACUCAGUUUCAAAAUUCCGACUGUGUCUGCAGAUCCAGCAAAUAGCUUGGAAGUGAAUAAGCUCUAGUUUCUAUGCCCCUUGCUGCCUUUUAUUACUUUUAACAUCAAAGAGUGCUGGUUCCAAACAAAGAUAUUCAAAUAUUGGCGUACUGCAAGUACAGUACAUAUUUUACCAUUCUGUUGCAGAGGUUUUGAAAUGUGUAAAACUGAAUGGGAAGGAGGAAUCAAAAGACAGGCGUGAGAUAUGUACAGUAUCUUCUCUAUAUGAUCUAGUCAGGAAGUAAAUCAUCAAGGUUUUUCCUAUGUACACUGGGCUUCGGACCCAUCAUACUGUUUAAUGAUCAAAUCAGAAAUGCUAGGGCUUUAAGACCUUGCAGGCAUAGAUUGACCUUCAUUCGCAUACACCCAUCGUGUAAAAGGGGAUUAAUAUAAAAAAAUGGAAUACUUAUUAAAAUGGCUAGUCUCCAACAAAAGAAAAGUAGGCUUGGGCCACUGCUGGUAUACUUUAUUAAAAAUAGUUUCAUUGUUUGAAACUUUUCAAGUUAAAAUUCCAAAUCGUCUUCGGCAGGCCUCCCAUAAGUAUGUAUGUACUUGACCUUGUCCGUUCUCAAACGGUUCUUCGUUUCCCACUUGCACAGUAAUCAAAGGUACAAGGUGUGACUUUACUUAAAUACUGUACGAUGCAUUGACAACACAGGACCUUUACAGUCCUGGGGGUCAGGUGUUGUCGAUGGGUGAUAGAUACCACUCUGUGCACUGAGACCAAACAGGAUGGAAGGUUACAUCAGACCCCAGAUGAAGUUAAGAACUGGAAAUUGAGUAAUAUAUGCAACUUGAAAUCUCCAAAACAUACUGUACAUCACGUGACCUAGUAGUGUUCACAGUUGGUUGUCUCGAAUGUGUUGCACCAUGAGAUAUCGGUAGUUACGGCUGCAUAAUUUUAUUUAUUAAAGACAAAUUAAAUUGGUGAAGAAUUCAAAAGAUUCAUUAUGGAAAACUUUACAAUUGAUUUUUUUUUUCAGCCCCAAUUCGGUACCAAUGAGUAGUCCUGAAUGAGUAGGGGGUAUUAAGAAAAUGAUUCUCAUACACUUAACAUCUCAGAAUACAUGUGACAAAGACUAAAAUCUGGGUGCAAUUUGCAUUAUCUGAGUUACUUUGUUUCCUACCUACUCAUGCUCUUGAAAUUUACAUAAGCUCCUAACAAACUAGCAAGAUGGGAUAAGUUCCUUCCUUUGUUUAUAACUAGGGGGGAUAAAAACAUCUGUAAUUUGUAUUUGUUUAAUAAGCCCUAAUUCAGAUGUGAUUGGUUUUCUGCUGGGCUCCAGUUUUUUCAGUUUCACUCCGAUUCCAUUUUAUUUACUUUAGCUUCAUUUUAACAUUCAGCUUCCAUCAUGGAUUUACAGGCAUGAGGUCUAUAUUGCUUUAUAGAGAGUGCACUGUUGAGUGGCUGAUCAACAAAAACACAUCUGGUAUCUGAUGUUUAAUAUAUGGUUAUAUAGAGCUGGAAUUGUUCUCUGGUUGAGCAAUAUCAACAUUGCAUAUAGGUUUUUUAUUACUGGAUGGCUAAAAAUAAUAAUUAGGCUUAUUUUCACUAGUAUUUGUCUUGGAACCAGCUUGAUUUAUAAAAACAACAAACCCACCAAUUUUGGCUCAAUAAAGGGUAAGCUGAGGGCCUUGCAGUUAGAUCCAUGAAAUCUGAAUAGGGAAGAGUCAGGCAAUGGUGAUACCAUUUGGGCUGGAUCAUUUCUGUUCAGUGAUGCUGGCAUGGGGCAAUAUUCUCCUGUCAGACCCACUUCCUGUACUGUAAUACCAAACAAGUCAGUCUGUGGCAAUAUUACAUGUAACUGUUUUACACUUCAUUGCUUGUGCAGUUAUUUGAUAGUUUUGCAUUUUUAGAGGGAAAAAAAACAUAUUUUGGUAAUAUUUUUCUUUGCUUUGAUAGAAGACAUUUGUAAUUUGACAACUUUGUGAGGGAAAAAAAAAUAAAAAUAUUUUGAAAAACAA